AUGGUUAAAGUAAAGAAAGCCUCAAAAAAGCUUGAUAUUAAAGGUAUCAAAAAGCAAAGAAGAUUUAAUAAAAAAGUUAUUAAAUCAAAACAAAUUUCAGAUAAAUCAAUGGCCAAUUUUAAAGAGGAUGUUGAAGAAUCAGAAGAAGAAUUAGAAUUAGAAGUUAAAGAACAAGCUCGUAAUACUCAAAUUGAUUCAAAUGAUAAUGGCGAAGAAGUUGACAGUGAAGAAGAAGAUGAUGAAGAAGAAGAAGAGGAUGAAGAAGAAGUCGAUUAUGAUUUAGAUGAAAAUGAAAAGAAAUUAUCAAAUAAAAAAGAUAAAAAAGAAAUUAUUAAAGAUUCAGAAAAUACCAAAUCAUUAAAACAAAGUAUUUCACAACAUAAACAAGAUCUUGAAACUUUAAAAUUAAAAGAUCCAAAAUUAUUCGAAUUUUUAAGUGAAAACGAUAAAGAAUUAUUAAGUUUUACUAAUGAUGUCAGUGAAGACGAAGAUGAUGAAGAUGACGAAGAUGAUGAAGAACCAGAAGGUGAUGAAAAAGAAAGCAAACCAAAAAAAACAACUGCAUCAAAAGAUAUUUUAACAUCAGCUCUUUUAGAUUCAUGGGUUGUUCAAGCUCAAAAAGAAACCACAGUUCAAAGUGUAAAGAAAUUAGUUGUUGCAUUUAGAUGUGCUGCUAGAACUGGUGGUGAAGAUGUUGCCAAAUUACCAUUCAAAAUUGUAAAUAGUGCUGUUUUCAAUAGAACUCUUAUUGUUUGUCUUCAAAACAUUCCAAUUUUCUUUGAUAAGAUUUUAGAGUACAACAGUCAAGAACAAGGUGAAGAUGAACCAAAUAAUAAAGUUGAAUUACCAAACAUCUCUAAAAAAUGGGCAAGUUUACAUUCAUGUACCAAUUCAUUCAUCAAAUCAUUUAUCCAUCUUUUAACUCAAGUUGGUGAAACAAAAUUAUUAUUAUUAAUUCUUAAAGGUUUAGAAAAGAUUAUUUCAUAUGUUGCAUGUUUCCCAAAAUAUUCAAAAGUUUUAUUAAAAAAUUUAUUACAACAAUGGUCAACAUCACCAGAUGAAAGUGUUAGAGUUUUAGCAUUUUUAUGUAUCAGAAAAUUAGCAAUUUUAUCUCCAUUCCCAUUUAUUGAUGACUGCUUAAAAGGAAUUUAUUUAAAUUAUGUUAGAAGUAGUGUAAAUGUCAACACCAGUUCAUUAGCAUUAAUCAACUUUAUGUGUAAUUGUGUUAUCGAACUUUAUGGUUUAGAUUUUGCCAGUUCCUAUCGUAGUGCUUUUGUUUUCAUUCGUCAAUUAGCAAUUCAUCUUAGAAAUUCACUCAAUACCAACACCAAACAAGCUUUCCAAAAUAUUUACAAUUGGCAAUUUAUUAAUGGUAUUGGUGCUUGGGUAGAAAUUAUUGCUGCUUAUCCAAACCAAGAGCAACUUUCAUUACUCUUAUAUCCAAUUACCCAAAUUAUUAUUGGUAUUAUCAAUUUAAUUCCAUCAUCAAGAUAUAUCCCACUUCGUUUCCAUUGUAUUCGUUACCUCAAUCGUUUAGCUGAAACCAAUGGCACUUUUAUUAACUGUACCCCAUAUCUCUUAGAAAUUUUAUCAUGCAGCGAAAUGAAAAAUCAAAAAACCACCAAAAAGAAUGGCUUCAUUAAUUUCCAUACAACUCUUUCAGCUUCAUCCACCCAAUUAAACUCUAAAGAAUUCCAAGAUGGUCUUUUAGCUCAAUUUUGCGAAUUAUUAGUUGAAAAUCUCACAUGCUUCAAUUAUCAUAUUGGUUUCCCAGAACUUGUUACACCAAUUAUUAUUCAUAUUAAAAAAGCUCUUAAAACCAAAGAAUACAGACCAAAAGUUAUUUCAGAUCUUCAAGAAAUUUUAGAAGCAAUCGAAAAAACUGUUAAAAUCGUUAAAACUGCCAGAGAUCAAGUUUCAUUCUCACCAAAAGAAACCAAACAAGUUCAGGCUUUCAUCGAUAAUCUCAAAGAUAAAUAUAAGAUUACUCCAUUAAAACAAUUAUUAUUAUCAUUAAAGAACAAGAGUAAACAACUUCAAAAGACUUUAAUCGAAUCAACUAAAGUUUAUAAUUAUGAAGACGACGAAGAAGAAGAGUUUGAUAGUGAAGAUGAUGAAGAAUUAGAAGGUGAAGAAUUAGAAGGUGAUGAAGAAGAGUUUGAUGGUGAAGAUGAUGACGAAGAAGAGGAAGAAGAAGAAGAAGAAAAAGUUUAUCACGGUAAAAAAUCAAAACAACCAGUUAAAAAACAAAAAACCCAACCAAAAUUCAAAGUUACUGGUGAUGGUAAUGUCGAUGAUUUAGUUGAAGAUUUAGUUUUAUCCGACGAUGAAUAA